AUGUAUCAAGAGACAGCAGUCCGAGUUAAGUCUAGUCUCUCCAAUGCCAAGACAGUUGCAUUAACCACAGAUGGAUGGACCAGCCGAGCUCAUAUGUCAUAUAUCACCGUCACAUCUGCCCACAUUACACCAGAGUGGAAACUUGAGAACUUUGUUCUUCAAACACGCAGUAUGCCAGAGAGCCACACUGGUCUAAACAUUGCAAAUGUUGUGAGAGAUGCCAUAUCAGAGUGGUGCAUCACUACCCCCAACCCCCCACUAGUUUCUGACAAUGCAGCAAAUAUGACAGUUGCGGCUAGGGAACUUGGCAGCCAACCACACAUUGGUUGCUUCGCUCAUACACUCAAUCUUGGUGCGCAGAAAGCCCUGAAGAUUACUUCCGUCUCAAGGAUACUAGGGCGUGUUCGGAAACUUGUCGGGUAUUUUCACCGUAGUACUACAGCAGCAGCAGUACUGUCAGCAAAAACCAAUCUUUUAGGUGUGAAAAACUUAAAGUUGACCUGCGAUGUUCCUACACGCUGGAACUCUGCCGCUGACAUGUUGGAACGGUACCUCAAGUUGCAGCCUGCUGUUUAUGCAACACUUUUGUCACCAGAAAUAAGUCGCCACAUAGACCAUGAGACAAGCAUGUUGAAUGAAGCAGACACAAAACUGGCAGAGGACAUAGUGAAAUGCCUGUAUCCGUUGAAGGCAAUAACAGAAGCAGUCUGCACAGAGAGUAUGCCAACAGUUUCAGCUAUCAUUCCGCUCAUACAGAAAGUCCAACAGAAUAUGGCAUUGAUAGGCACAGACUCCCCUAUGUCACGAUCUAUCAAGGAGGCCGUCCUAAGUGACUUGAACACUAGGUACACCAGUGAGGAGCUUCAGAAUUUCCUGUCUGAGUGCACUCUUCUGGAUCCACGUUUCAAGACCACUUACUUGACACCAGAGGCUAUGGAGAACACCUACCAUCGCUUGGCGCUGUUGUUACAAUCUGGGGAUGGAAAGGUACACGUUCAAGCUGACACCCAGGCUCCUACCCCUGGACAACAUAUUCCUCCACAUCCUGUGCUUCCCGAGAGGCCAAAUACCAGCCAAUCACCAUCUCCUACUGAGACAUCUGAUGAAGAGAAUGCAGCCAAAUGUCAGCGGUCCUCAGACUCCUCAAAGAAAGUUGGUCUUGCAGCUAUAUUUGACUUUGAGAAUGUUGAAGAGGCCACAGCCGCCAAGCCCAUGUCCUUGCAGGAGAAAAUCGAAGAAGAAAUAAAACAAUAUAAGCUAAUGAAUCAGAUAAGCAUAGAAAGCAACGCAUUAGACUGGUGGAAGAAAAACUGUAUCCAGUUCCCAUUACUUGCCUCUGUCGCAAAACAACGCCUGUGCAUACCAGCAACAUCUGUGCCAGCUGAACGCGUGUUCAGCUCAGCCGGUGAUAUUGUAACUGCCCAAAGGGCGUCCUUGGCUCCAGAAUUGGUUGACAUGUUGUUAUUUUGUAAAAAGAACUGUGAUUUGUGAUAAUUUCUGUCCAUUUUCUUAGGUUAUGUGAUGAUAACAUAUGGACAGUUUAAAGUUAAAUCAUCAUUGUUCUUCAUUAUAAUUUAUAGCGUUAUCUUAACAUUCUA